GACAACCGAUAAAAAAAACACAAACGAAAAUGACGUCCUAAUUGAUAGCCAGAAUCAGUCAAAAAUUUUUCGUUUUCCCCAAUCAAAAUUAUCGUGUAAACAAUGCUAAGACGCGGAAACCAGAAGAACAAUGGCAAACCGAACUCGGCAAUCACCCGACCCGUUGCCAGAAUCAUCUUUUCCACCCUUAAAAAAAUCGGCAACUCUCGCGGGGUCACACUGAAGAAGAUUUACGAUUAUAUUAAAACGGAAUACCCGAAUUCGUCGUCGAACAUUAUCAAGUUGAGUAACAUCAUGAAGAAGGCGUUAGCGUUUGGGGCCGUCAAUAAGAAACACGGCAAUAAAUACGUCCUUGGGUCCAUCAUAAAAACUAUGGAGAGGAGCCCAAAGAAGGGAUUUAGCAUUGUUGAAGCCAGAAGGAGAAGGAGAAAGAGACGAGGAAAAAAAAGGAGGAGGAGCAGUAUGCGGGAAUGCGCAAAUAAAAACGCUGUUUAAGAACCAUUGUGUGCAGAAAUCAGUCUCUGAGAGGGACUGUUAUCGUCAACCAAUUGUAAUGAUUAGUUCGUUUUUAUUAUUAAAAAUGUGAUGUCUUAUAA